AUGAGUUCAAUUUGUUAUUAUAAAGUGUUAGGUUUAACUAAAACAGCUACAGAUGAAGAAGUACGCCGUGCAUAUCGUCGUUUAGCACUUAAAUGGCAUCCAGAUAAAAAUCCAACAAAUUUAGAAGAAGCAGAAAAAAAAUUUAAAGAAAUUAGUGCAGCUUAUGAAGUUUUAUCAGAUCCACAAAAACGUUCUGUCUAUGAUUCACAUGGUAAAGAUGGCUUAAAUCGUACACAUGUAAAAACUUCUAAAUCAACAAGACCACCUAGUGGACGACGUCGACAUACAGCAUCAGGAACAUUUUUCACAGAUGAUAUAUUUGAUACGAGUGAUUUCUUUCCAUUCAAUGAUUUCGGUUUUACAUUUCGAGAUCCUGAAGAAGUGUUCCGUGAAUUUUUCAGUAAACAUGUAGAUAUGAUGAAUGCAUUUAUGGAUACAGCUGGUCUAUUUCGAUCACAUAGUCAUUUACAUGAUAUAUUUAAUAAUGAUCAUCAUUUCAAUGUAUUACCUAGUCGUCAUUUACAUCAUACAACUAGUUAUAAAUCAACUAAUGAACAUCAACCACGAUUUCAUCAUGUUGAACGUAUACGUAAAACAAGUUUACCACAAAAUGUACCAGUACGUAGUUUAUCUACAAAAACAUCAUAUAGUUUUAAUUUUGGUAGUUCUAGUCGUCCUGGUCAUCCACCAAUGAGAAAAGAAACAUUUCGAUCAACUUCAACUAAAAUUGAAAAUGGAAAAUGUGUCACAACACGUAAAAUAGUACAAGAUGGUAUAGAAACAAUUGAAAUAGAAGAAAAUGGUAUAUUAAAAAUGAAAACAAUCAAUGGUCAACCAGUUGCUAUUGCUAAUGGUUAA